UGAAGAUAAAUAUCCGGAGCGGCCAGCCUGAGAUCACAGCUCUGCCAUCCAUCCUGUUGACAAGAUGCCGAUGAUCUUGGGCUACUGGGACAUCCGUGGGCUGGCCCAUGCCAUCCGCCUGCUCCUGGAGUACACCGAUUCUAAUUACGAGGAGAAGCUGUAUCGUUGUGGGGAAGCUCCCGACUAUGACCGAAGCCAGUGGCUGGAUGUGAAGUUCAAGCUGGGCCUGGACUUCCCUAACCUGCCCUACCUGAUUGAUGGGGAACACAAGCUCACCCAGAGCAAUGCCAUCAUGCGCUACAUUGCCCGAAAGCACAACAUGUGUGGUGAGACUGAGGAAGAGAAGAUUCGUGUGGACAUGCUCGAGAAUCAGGUCAUGGACUUCCGUUGGCAGCUGGUUCGGGUCUCCUAUAGCCCAGAUUUCGAGAAACUGAAACCUGAGUACCUGGAGCAGCUCCCAGGACAGCUGAAGCUCUUCUCUCAGUUCCUGGGAAAGCAGACAUGGUUUGCAGGGGACAAGAUCACUUUCGUGGACUUUCUCGUGUAUGAUGUCCUGGACCAGAACCGAAUGUUUGAGCCCAAGUGCCUGGAUGAAUUUCCAAACUUGAAGGAUUUCCUUGCCCGAUUUGAGGCUCUGGAGAAGAUCGCAGUCUACAUGCGCUCUGACAAAUUCUACAAGCUGCCCAUUAACAACAAGAUGGCCAAAUGGGCCAACAAGAAAGCUUAGCUGCGCCAAGACCCAGGCAGGAGAGGGACCUUCCACGUGUCCUUCCCGCUUUCAAGAGACCUGGUCUGCUUGCCAGGGUUCCCCUGGCCCCUGCCUCUGCUGUUUCUGAGAUGCACCUGAGCCUCCCUCCGUCCCGCUCCCCACUGUCCUGGCCACGGAUUUGGGGGAGGUGUAGUCACUGAGGCAGGGAAAGGACCUGAGGGUGGGGAAGACUGGUAGACACCAAUGGGGCUAGGAGAAGGGCCUCACUCCCUCCCCCACCUCCCUCAUCCCAUCUUGCAUCCUUGUUAGCCUGCUCCAGAAAUGAAAAAUAAACAUGAAUUUGUGUGAA